AUGGACGCGACGCCAUACAGAACGUCUUCCACCUCGACCGCCCUCGAUCCCCCUUCUUCCUUGCCACCCAACAUGGCGCGCCGCUGGGCCAGGAAACUCGAGCGCUACUGCUGCACAUGCGUCACCUACUUUCCCCUCGCCUUCGUUUACAGUAUAACAAGUUGGGCCGUUUAUGUGGAUGUCUCGCUUAGUACGACCCCAUCUGGCGUUACUUGGCUAGGCAAGUCCUAUGGCUUCGUCGCCGUCAUUCUAUACCUCUUGGCCAACUGGUGCUAUACAUAUGCCGUCUUCACUUCGCCAGGGAGCACUACCAAUGACCAUGGCUACAGCACCCUCCCUACACAGGCACCCCCUACUGCCACCUCAUUUACCGUCAAGUCCAAUGGCGAAUUCCGAUUUUGCAAGAAGUGCCAGGCACGAAAGCCUGACCGCGCUCAUCACUGCUCGACAUGCCGCCGCUGCGUCCUGAAAAUGGACCACCACUGCCCAUGGCUUGCAACCUGCGUUGGCCUGCGCAACCACAAGGCCUUUUUGCUGUUUCUCUCCUAUACUUCGAUCUUCUGCUGGGUCAGCUUUGCCGGAUCGGGGGCGUGGGUAUGGGAGGAGAUUAUGAGCAAUACGACCUACGUCGAAACCCUCAUGCCCGUCAACUAUAUCAUGCUUUCCGUCAUAUCCGGGAUCAUCGGUAUCGUCCUUACCGCUUUCUGCGGGUGGCAUAUUUACCUUGCCUCCCGCGGACAGACCACCAUCGAAUGCUUGGAGAAGACACGAUAUCUCUCUCCGCUGCGCGAAUCAAUGCAAAGGACCUAUGUCAACCAGCAUACGCCCGGCCAAGGUGUUGCGCUUCCCAAGUAUGGACAGCAACUAUUGGAUAUCCACCAAAACGCCAUCCCAGGGGUCACAAGGCCAGAGGAAGGUGAAGAGCUGCGACGCAUCACGACUCCUUCGGGCUCAUCACUACAAAACGAUACGACCGCCCAGCACAACCCCGAACUCCAGGCCGGCUCCCGCCGCUUCACCUAUGACGAGAUGGAGCGCAUCCGCGCGCGCAAACGUUACGAAGAAUACUUGGACGAGCAGGACUCGACCAAGCUGCCGCAUGCUUUUGAUCUCGGGUGGCGGCGCAACCUGCUCCAUCUCUUUGGAACUAGCGCCUGGCUAUGGCCCUUCCCCGUAUGCACCACUCUCGGCGACGGAUGGAGCUGGGAGCCGAACCCGAAAUGGCUCGAGGCCCGCGAUCGCAUCGCUCGGGAGCGCGAAGAGCAACGGCAGCGGGAGCGACAAGCCGGAUGGGGCCCGGCAGACAACAACGAUAUCACGCCCCAACAGCCACAGACACAACGCAGCAAUGCCUGUUCCACCAGCCCAUCAUUCACCCCUUCGCGACGAGCACCGAGCAAAGCCGAUCGAAUCCUAGGCCGCGACCCGAACAUGUACGUCGACGAUGAACCAGUAAUAUACGGCAAACACGACGUCGCUAUGAGCAGACUCAGUCCAGCAGGCCGUACUCUGUUAGUAGAAGACGAAGUCGACCUCGACGAUGAUGACGACGAUGACUACUUCCAAGAUGCUGGCCGAAAGCAGGAAGAAGCGGAGCAAAACGCCCUGAACGUGGUGACGAAUGGGAGAUGGGGUCGCUCCGCCGGUGCCAGCGCCAGCGGCGUAGGAUUGCUUGCGCAUGGACGUCCCGGGGGUUCCAGGAGUCCUAUUAGUCCUAUUAGUCCUCAAGGGGGCUUUGGCGGUGGUGGUCACGCUGGGGAGGCGAGGAAUGGGAAUGGGGAGAGGAGGUCGAAUGAUGAUGGUGUGGAUUGA